CCGGGAGCGUCGGGCUCCACCCUCCCGGGUCCUGUCUCCACACCUGGUGUUUGGGCGUGCCUCAGUUUCCCAGUAGCGGGGCGUUCCGCCAGCCCCGCUCCUCCCCUUUCGCCUCUUCCUCUUCGGGGCGUCGGUGGCGGCGCCUGGAGCUCCCGGAACUAAAAGCAGACCGCGGGCGGUGGGCCGGCGGGGGCCACGUCAGCGGGUGGCGGGGCUGUGCGGGCACCAUGCGGCGGGGCGCGCUCCUGGCCUGCGCCCUGGCCAUCUACGCCGGGUACCUGGCGCUAGGCGCACUGCUGGUGGCUCAGCUGGAGCGGCCCCACGAAGCCCGGCUGCGGGCAGAGCUGGGGACGCUGCGGGAGCAGCUGCUGCGGCACAGCCCGUGCGUGGCGGCGCCCGCCCUGGACGCCUUCGUGGAGCGGGUGCUGGCGGCCGGCCGGCUGGGGCGCGCAGUGCUGGCCAACGCCUCGGGACCCGCCAAUGCUUCGGACGCCGCCUGGGACUUCGCCUCGGCGCUCUUUUUCGCCAGCACUCUGGUCACCACCGUGGGCUAUGGCUACACCACCCCACUGACAGACGCAGGCAAAGCCUUCUCCAUCAUCUUUGCGCUCCUGGGCGUGCCCAUCACCAUGCUACUUCUGACUGCCUCGGCCCAGCGCCUGUCACUGGUGCUCACCCAUGCACCCCUGUCCUGGCUGAGCUUGCGUUGGGGGUGGCACCCCCAGCGGGCAGCCCGCUGGCACCUGGUGGCCCUGCUGCUGGUCAUAGUGGCUGUCUUCUUCCUGGUGCCAGCUGCGGUCUUCGCCUACCUUGAGGAAGCCUGGAGCUUUCUGGAUGCUUUCUACUUCUGCUUCAUCUCUCUGUCCACCAUUGGCCUCGGGGACUAUGUGCCUGGGGAAGCCCCGGGCCAGCCUUACCGGGCCCUCUACAAGGUGCUUGUCACAGCAUACCUCUUCCUGGGCCUGGUUGCCAUGGUGCUGGUGCUGCAGACUUUCCACCAUGUGUCUGACCUCCAUGGCCUCACUGAACUUAUCUUGCUGCCCAACCCGGACCCUGCCAACCUCAGCCAGGAUGAGGACGAUCAGGUGGACAUUCUGGACACCCGGACAGAUCUGCACCAGCAUCUCUCUGCCGGCUCCCAUGCUAACUACGCCUCCAUCCCCAGGUAGCUGGGCAGGUGCUUUCAACCUGGACACACCUGGCCUGGGCUCUGGGCCGCAUGUGACGAGAGUACACCAACAGGGUUGCCCAUACUCGCUGUCCUGUCUUCGCAGCCCUCCACUGGGAGGGGAGGAGUGGCUGCUCUCCUUCCCUGUCCCCUGCUCCUCAGGGAACGGCCACAGUCGCAUUCUCUUUCCUCUCCUCUCCUUUCUUCUCCUCCUCUGACCAUUGGGGCAUUCUGACUCCGUGGUUGACUUCAUGUGUUGUUUUGUGUCACAUUCUCUUUGGUAGCAUCGGUCACACAUCAGUUCUUGGUUCUUCUGGGCUCUGGGCCUGGAACUCAUGUCAGUCACUGUGUUGGUGGCUCCAUCUUGGCCAAAUGACUUCCCCAUCCUGAACGUUGGCAUCCCCAGCUGUCUGCUGCAAAGGGAAUCCGAACUCGUCCACAGCCUUCAGGUCUGCCCUUCUGCUGUCCUGUGCCAGUCACGUAGUAAUAGUACAAGUGGUUUGUCGGACCCUGUUCACCGGCCAGUGAGGUAGACUUGUCCCUUGGCAGGGACAAACCUCAACAGGCACUGGAAGAGGCGGAGUAGUUAGGACUGAGGAAUGGACCUGAAAUGUCCCGGUGGGCUUCCUGGAAGAAAGGUCAGAAGAAGAAAUUGUCCCUUCUCAGGUGUCUGUGGGUUAUAUUUGUGGGGGAAAGCCCGGGGAUAGGUCAGCGUCUCCCUCACUGGCUUAGCAGGCAAGGAACUAAUCCAGGAUAUGAGCAUAAAAUCCAAGUCCCGUGAGAGAUGCUACUCAGCAUAGUCUCAUGGUGAUGCUGUGCGGUCUGCUUACUGACGGCCUUAGGCUCUGGAGCUGAUCUUCUUGGGUGUGCCCUGUAAUCAGGCUAUGUCCUGCCCACGCAUUUGAACAGUCACUCGACUUCUGAGACUCUGUGUCUGCCAAACGGUAACCAUAACAACUACUCCAAAAGACGCCAUCAGCCAGGUGCAGUAGCACGAGCCUGUAAUCAGAGCUGAGGCAGGAGGCUUGAGAGUUCCAGCCCAGACCGGGGUACCCAGCAGGAGCAGGUGAUAAAAUAGUAAAACAAUAAAGCUCAUAAUAAAUACAUACAGCUGGUCGUUGGUGGCACAUGCCUUUAGCCCCGGCAGGCGUAUGGUUGUGAGUUCAAGGCCAGCCUGGUCUACAGAGCUAGUUCCAGGACAGGUUCCAGAAACAAUACAGAGAAAUCCUGUCUCAGAAAAAAAAAAAAAUUCUCAGUACAGGGUGAUGUUUCUAUAGUUUGCACUACAAAGAGCAUGUCUGGUUUUGCUGCCUGGGUCUGUGGCAGCCGUUUGGACACCAGGAGGAGAGCACACAUGGGAGCCAAGACUUGAGUGGAGGGGAGCAGAAGAGAGGGACAGUACUGGGUCCAGCAGACCCUCCUAAACUGUGGAGAGCACCAUGCCCGUGGCUUGCCCUACCAUGCUCUGUCCAACUACAAUGUAACAGGUUAUCUCAGACAGUGCCAGUCAGGGGUUUGUUACAGCCAAACCUUUCCUAAGUGAUAUAAAUAUAUAAAUACAAUAAGUCCCAGCCAUAAGAAUGUGAGUCCUUCUACAGCCUCCUUUCAUGUCUGUAGCCUGACACUCUAUCCCUUUGUUAUUAUUAUUAUUAAUUGGUUUUUUAAUACAGGGUUUCUCUGUAUUGUAUAGUUUUGGAGCCUGUCCUGGAACUCACUCUGUAGAUCAGGCUGGCCUUGAACUCACAGAGAUCCUCCUGCCUCUGCCUCCCGAGUGCUGGGAUUAAAGGCGUGCACCACCACUGCACAGCUUUACCGAGAAUUUUCAGGAAGGCUAGUUCGUCAUCAAAUCAUACUAGAAAGUCAUACAAGGAAAUACCUAUUGUCCUAGCACUGUGGAGGCUGUGGCUAGAGGCUAGAGAGGCUAGCUAAAAAACAAUAAUAAUACAAAACCCCAAAGGGAGCUGGGGAUGAUCUCAGUGGUGGAGCAUGUCUAUCCCAGGUGCUAAACAAGGAAAAAAUAAAUUACAGUUAUAGGAGGUGGGACAAUGGCUCAGCCAGGAAGGCACAAAGACCUGAGCUUAUCCCCAGCACCUGCAUAAAAAUGCUAGAAGAAGUUGUGCAGGAUUUGUAAUCCCAGUGCUGAAGGGGGUGGGGCUAGAGGGUCAUCAGAACAAACUACUGGGCUUCAGGUUCCAUGAAAGCUCUAGCUUCCAAAAAUAGACUGGAAGCUAUGGCACACACCUUUAAUCCCAGCCUUUAAUCACAGAGAUGCACCCAGAAGCUGGUGCAUCUCUGUGAGUUCGAGGCCAGCCUCUUCUACAUAGUGAGUUCCAUAAAAGGCCUUCCUAGUGAGACUAAAAAGUGAAAAUAAGUGUGGAAAAUUAUUGAGGAAGAAACUGGAUAUUAAACUCUGACUUCCACAUGCAAACUCAAACAUGUACAGGCGCAUGCACGCACGCGCGCGUGUAUGCGCGCGCGCGCACACACACACACACACACACACACACAUUUAAAAAAAUCUGAGCCAGCAAAAUAUCAGGGGAGCCAGCAAAAGUCAGGGGAAAGGGCUCGCUGUGUAGCCCUGGCAAUCUGAGUUAGUGCCACCCUUGGAACUCACAGGGGAAGGAGAAAACCAACCCCCCAAAUUUUAUCCCCUAUCACAGAGUCCUAUGACCUCCACACAAGUACAGCUGUGUCAAUGGAAUUUCCAGCUCUCUGUAUGCACGGAAUCUGUGGAAGAAGCAGCAAUAUGUAUAUGUGCAUGUCAUCAUCUUCCAUCCUAUGGGGGGCAGCACCUAGAAUGGGAAGUGGGGACGGCUACUAACUCUGAAGGAAAGCUGUGUGUCUAAGUUUGAAUCCUGUUGUCCCAUGUUUCGUUUGUGCCUCAGGUUGCUUGUUUGUGUGAUGGGAUUUGUAUAGUACUACCUCAUGGACUUGAGCAGCCAGCAAUGUAAUCCCUGUAAAGCCCAGAGGACACCAUCUGGGGGUCAAUAAAAUGCUAAUUUCCCCCUCACUUCUGAAAUCUUAAUAAGGAAGAUCGCUCAAAAUAGAAAUGCUUUAGUCCUCUUGUAUGGUUAUUAAAUUCCUUAUCUAUGUG